CUCCGAGUUUGCAAACAGGCGCAGGCGUCUAGUUCGCACUUCCCGGAAGCAUUUAUGCAACAUCACGAUUCGGGACCGAGUUGCGAUUGACAGGCGAGCCUGGAGCUGGGUGGUGAAGUGGCUCUCCUGACCUCUCCGACAAUGGCACCGGGGUGCUUGCUAUUCCUGGUUUGCAUUUUUUGUUGUAUGAUCUCCUCCAUCCGCGGUGUCUUCCUCGAACCAGAUCAAAAUGUCAGUCUUCCUGUUGGGUGGAAAUACGUGGAGCGAGUUUCACCCAAGGAUCAAAUUCUUCUCACGUUUGCACUUAAACAGCAGAAUAUUGACAAGCUGAAAGAAAAGCUGGAGCAAUUAUCAAACCCAGCCUCUUCCCAGUAUGGUAAAUAUCUCUCCCUGGACCAGUUGUCCCGAAUGAUUCAACCUUCGAAAAAUACUCUGCAAGCUGUUUGGGCCUGGCUGGGAAACCUUGGCGUACAAGACUGCUCCACGGUCCAGACCUUGGAUUUCUUGAAUUGCUUCACAUCUUCCAGUACUGCUGAAAAGCUUUUGACUGGAUCAAAGUUUAAUCGUUACACCAAUGGUCAUCAGACGCUGAUACGAUCUCUGGCUAAAUACAGAGUUCCCGAUGAAUUGGCAGAGCAUAUUGAUUUUGUUGGAGGCAUGCAUCGAUUCCCUUCGCAAAAGACUGUGAUAAGCAAGGCAUGGAAAGUUGGUCAGCACAGAAAAGCGAAUCUUCACUUGGGUGUAACUCCUGCUGUUGUGAGGAAACGCUACAACCUCACUGCAAGCGAUGUUGGGUCUCAUGGGAAUAACAGCCAAGCAGUGGCUCAGUUUCUGGAACAAUAUUUUCACCAGUUGGACCUUGCAGAAUUCAUGCAACUCUUUGGUAGAGGCUUUGGCCACCAUACUGCAGUAGAUCACACAGUAGGACACCAAGGAGGUAUAAGAGCAGGCCUGGAAGCCAGUCUGGAUGUGGAGUAUAUUAUGAGUACCGGUGCAAACAUAUCCACUUGGGUCUUCAGUAACACAGGAAGGCACCAGUCCCAGGAACCCUUUCUGGAUUGGAUUACUUUAUUGAGUAAUAUGUCAUCCCUCCCAUGGGUGCACACCAUCAGUUAUGGAGAUGAUGAGGACAGUCUGUCAGUGGCGUAUUUAAGGAGAAUCAACAACGAGUUCAUGAAGGCUGGUGUCCGUGGUCUCUCCUUACUCUUUGCAUCUGGUGAUGAUGGUGCUGGCUGCAGAGAAGUUAGAAAAGGCAAAAAUACCUUCAGGCCAAGUUUUCCUGCAUCUAGUCCUUAUGUUACAACUGUGGGAGGAACCUCUUUCAAGAAUCCGUUUCAAAUUACGUUGGAGGUCACGGACUCUAUCAGUGGUGGUGGAUUCAGUAAUGUGUUUAAAAUGCCUGACUAUCAGGCCACUGCCGUGAAGUCUUAUCUCAGAAAGACAAAAUCACUUCCCCCAGAUACCUACUACAAUGCUGGUGGUCGUGCCUACCCUGAUGUAGCAGCAUUAUCUGAUAACUAUUGGGUUGUGACUAAUCUAAUCCCUAUUCCUUGGGUUUGUGGAACAUCAGUGAGUGAAAUUAUUUAUACAGUACUUACACCUCUUUAACCAGACUAAGGUAAA